GACAGAUGCGGAGCUUAGGAGCAGAAACAUUUAGACGACCUGUGAAGCUCCACAUGUCUCCUCUUUCUCUCUCUGACUGAGAUUUCAUCCAAGAUUUCAGCGACUGACUGAUCUGCGGAGCCAUUACAUCACCCAGAGCCACCAACUGUCAGUGACUUCCUCUCAGACCCUGCAGCUCCCCAAGCUGUCACAUCAGGAGUGUUUGAACAUGACGGGUCAGACUGUGGGAGGCAUCAUCCAGGACCUGUUGGCCGUGGAGGGACUGGAGUCCAGGCCUCUGGGCGGGGCCGGGUCCUUCACUGAUGAGGCUGUUUCCAUCCUGACCUCCACAGGCCAGCUGGCCCGAACCCUCCUGGGUCACACCUUUGCCCUCAAACGCAAAGAGAACCUUGUCAACGCUGAAAAUAAGGCUGGCAGCAGCUGCGAUGAAGACAACGGCAACAAUGUGCGCCGCAAACGGGAGUUCAUCCCAAAUGAGAAGAAAGAUGAAGGCUAUUGGGACAAGCGGAAAAAAAACAACGAGGCAGCCAAGAGAUCCAGAGAGAAGCGUCGAGCCAAUGACAUGGUGCUGGAGAGGCGCGUCCUGGGCCUGCUGGAGGAGAAUGCCCGCCUGAGGGCCGAACUGCUGGCUCUCAAGUUUCGCUUUGGCCUGGUCAAGGACCCGUCUGACGUGUCCAUCCUGCCGCUGUCUGCACCCCUCGGUUCUCAUCCAACACCCAGCACAACACAAUACCACCAGCCUCACAGUGACGGACCCCCAUACUUCAGUACACAGCACAGCUCCAGCACCCAUCACAUCCACCCUCCACAGCUGGGAGCCAUCUAUGGACCGAGGGGAGCAGGGCCUCUGUCAAGCCACAGUGUGUCCGAGGAGUCUGGCAUCUCCACCUCAUGUAGCUCAAAUGUGGGCAGCCCUGUGUUUUUUGACGAGACACUGAGUGAUCGUGGUGGACCGUCUCCGAGAGAGCUGGUGGAGGAGCAGCAGGGCUACGACUCCAACAUCUGUCCCCUGGAGGUCAACGAGAGUCCGUGUGUAAAUAGACAAGACUCACCUGAGGGUCUGAGGAGUCUCCCUCACAAGCUCCGCUUCAAAGCCCCCAGUGGAGGCAGCGAUGCAGGGGACAUGUCUCUGUCCACUGAUAGCAGACACAGUGGACCACCUGUAGCCACAGUGGGGCCAAACAUCCAGGUGAGGAACCACCAGCAGGUGGGGUGCGACAGUCGUGCAGAGAGUCAGGCUAUCUGGUCCAGGGAGGAGGCCUGCAGUGAACUUGGGCAGAAGUAUCAGAGUCCGUCUUCUAAAUGUUAUAACUCCUCCUCUCUGCAGACCUCCAAGGACACCAAGAAUGUGACAGAGGAUGUCAGUCUCAGGUCUCAGAUCAGCUGUCUGUCUCAGGAAGUAGCUCAGCUCAAGAAGCUCUUCUCUCAGCAGCUGCUCUCCAAGAUCGCUUAAAACCUGAGCAGAAAAUACCAGACUAAAGCUAACAGACAGAUUUCACACCACAAUUUUCUCCAAACCAUCGCUCCCACAGACUGCGGAUUUCCACAGUGCAGCAUGGAACCAGUUCAAACCUCAACCUGUGAAAUGACAAACCUGAUGCUUUUGUUCCUUCAUGACACCUGUUUCACUGGAGAGGUUUAGUUUAGUGACCUGUUUGUCUUUGUGAUGACCAACACCACAGCUCAGACAAAACAUCCACACAUGUAACUUUCAUCAACAUCAUCAGGAUUAAUGACUGCAAAACUAAAAGUGAUUUACGUGUGAUUUAUGUCCUUCAAUCAUGUUGAUUCUCACUGAUUUGAAGGACGCUACAUGUCUGAAUACUUGACUCAGCAGGUCAGUCAGAAACACUGGAAGAAUAUGUUAAAUACAACACAAAGCACAUGGUUAUAAUUUGAUACACCUCCAUCUCACCUUGUUCACGUGACUCAGAUGUGGAUGUAAUAUUUUAACACAUUUGAGUCUUCUUUUGGACAUCAUACUGUUUGUAUGCUUUUCAACAUGAAUACUGUUCAAUCAAUAAUAUUAUCUUGUGUUAAAAAGACUGUGUACACAAAUGUACACAGUCCCAAAGACGACACACUGGUGUUUCAAAAAACACUUUUUUAAAAGUGUACUCUUGUUUUUGUGAUCUUUUUGUGUGAUGUUACUGCAUCUGUACAGUAUCAGGUUUAUGUUGCGACAGCAAGGUACGUAGAAGUGAAUAUUUCUUCACAGCUCAGAAUUGUAAUUGAAAUCAAGUCAAGUUUCUUUUAUUAAAACAUGUCUAGGCUGAUGGAAUUAAUCUCAGUACAAACAGAAUAGCUGUAACAAUACAUCACAUACAACACCAGUGCAAACAUAAAGGACAUAAGUGCACAAAGAAAACACAUACAGUAGCCUACACAGCUCCACAUAUCAUAAAAUACAGUUAGACCAACUUCUGUGUAUUCAUCAACUGUACGGCUUUGUGAACUGUACUUGAAAAUAAAUGUACAUUUUAUAUAAAAGA